GGGACUGGAGUGUAGAUGCGCAGCAGUUCCAGGGGAAACGUCCACUAUGGCUGAGACCCACAGCUUGCAGGACCUCCAGCAGCCAGCUGUCUCCUCCAAGGUGUUUAUUCAGAGAGAUUACAGCUCAGGAACCAUCUGCAAGUUCCAGACCAAGUUCCCCUCGGAACUUGAGUCAAGGGUUGAUAAGCAGCAGUUUGAGGAGACCAUCCAGACUUUAAACAACCUUUAUGCAGAGGCAGAGAAACUAGGGGGGAAGUCUUAUUUGGAGGGCUGCCUGGCUUGUCUAACUGCCUAUACGAUCUUCCUCUGUAUGGAGACACACUAUGAAAAGGUGUUAAAGAAGAUCGCCAGGUACAUUAAGGACCAGAAUGAGAAGAUAUAUGCUCCCAGGGGCUUGCUGUUGACUGACCCCAUAGAGCGAGGCCUCAGAGUCGUUGAAAUUACAAUUUUUGAAGACAGAAGCAUUGGCUCUGGAAGAUAAAGAACUUUGGGGCUGAUGACUCUGACCAGAUAGUCUUCAUCUCUCUCUGGCGGCACAUAUUCAGACAUCUGCUUCACCUGAAUGGAUGUAUAUAAUUUUGAUCUGAUCCUUUUCUCUGUUAUUUAUAAGUUCUCUACUGUAUGCCUGUCCUUAUAUGUUUGUAAAUGUGUUUUCAUGUCUUUUUAUACAUGCACCAAUGUACAAGUCAUGCCCUAGUUGAUCAAGGCCUGUUUUAAUGAAUAGUGCCAUUGUGGUAAAUGCAACUUUCUGACCAUGGUAAAUAUAAGUGAUUUGACUUGUGUAUUGUUUUGCAAAUAAUAUAAAGUCAAAUGAUGUUUAGUUGCCAAGAACUGUUAGAGGAGUAGUUUGGGAUGGUGUAGAUUGUAGCGUUUGUUUAGGCAAGUGUCUUCUUAUCUCUGCAUAAGUGGCUUUUGAGGGAGAAACCCAUGUCGUGUCAAACAUACAUUAGAAGUACUUACCUAGAGUAUUUUGUGACUUCAAAGAUGAAGCAUGUUUACUGUCAUCACACAAAAAAGUGUCAUCUAGUUAAUUCUGAGUAAUGUCUGCCCCUGCUAUGUCAGAGUACAACUGCACUUAAUUUCUCAAAGCAUACUGAACAGUUCUCUUACCUGUUUUUCACUAACUUUAUUGCGAAUGUCAUCCCCCUUUUCAUUGUCACCAAACACCACAGAAACCUUAAACACUCUGAACUCCACAGAUGAUUGCUCUAGUUGGUGUUUGAUACAACUGGUGUACUUUUCUUAAAAAUAUUGUUCUGUUUUAUCUAAAUAAAUAGCAUUUUCUUGAAA